CAGCCCGACCGUAAAACCCCGGUUUUCGCGCCAUUUUUACCCGUUGUAGGUCUACAAGUCAUUUAUUUUUGAACCUCCGCCGUAUUUCAACCUGUGAAAUAGCGUGUUUGUAAUACCAUGCUCUAAUAUUAUAGUAAUUAAAUUAUUCCAAAAUGCACGUACGAAUACGCAUAUUUGGUAAACCAGACACCAUCGUAGUUGUUGAGUCGAAGUUGACAAAGAUUGAUCAGUUUCGGCGAGUUAUAAAGGAUAAGUUUGGUGUUCAACCGAAAUUGCAGAGAUUGUUCUAUGGUGGUAAACUGCUGGAAAAUGGAUACACAUUCCACGACUAUAACAUCAAGCUCAACGAUGUCAUUCAGCUCAUGGUUCGAGCGCAGCCCGAGGACAGUCCCAAGGAGAAGAAAUCACCUAAAACUGAAGACAGCAAACAAACUGAGCAGUCCAGUGAGAAGCCUGAAGAGUAUCAAGAUGCAAGUAGCACAUUAUAUAAAGUUGGAGACCUCAUAGACGUGAGAGAUCGAGAAACAGGGGCUUGGUUUGAAGGCAAAAUAAGUAAAAUAGUUUAUGACCUUACUGUACCACACAUCCCAGAUGCAAAGGAUAAGUCCACCAGUGACACAGAACUAGUUACAAGUCCUGAUCAGAGUUUUGACACUGAGAAUGAUGUAGAAAACAAACCACCAAAUGAUACCACAAAUGGUGACAGUUUUCCAAAUAACAAAAGUAAAGGAAUAGCACGUUAUUUUAGUAGAACACCCAAAGCAGCGCCAAAAAAACAAACUGACAAGGGAGUUAGCAAAAGUGAGCACCAUAAAGAUUUAGAUUCACGGCUGCUCUAUAAAGUGCAGAUGGACACUGAUGAAUCAGAUUCGAAGAUCUAUUGUAAAUUAAAAGAAAUAAGGCCUAGAUCAAGAGUGGAAAUAGACAUUAAUAAUCUCCAAGAAGGACAGACUGUCCUGAUCAACCACAAUACUGAGGAACCACUGGAACUAGGAUAUUGGUAUGACUUCAAAGUAGCCAACAUAAAGAAAGUGCGAUCAACAUAUGAGUUGAAGGGAACGCUUUAUCUGGGAGCUGAUGCAAUACCAAAUGACACUUCAGUUAGAGUGCUUGACAAGAUAUAUGCCAUUGAAGAGGUUGUCCCACUAGCAAAACGGUCUGAUGAUUACAAUAAAAUGAUGGUUACACCCCCAGGAAAAAGAUCAGCACCUUUGAAUUGUUUGACUUGUCGUGACGAUGAAGACACUCCUUGCAAAGAUUGUGGCUGUUAUCUAUGUGCUGGGAAGGAGUUUCCUGACAAAAUGCUUUUAUGUGAUGAAUGUAACAACGGCUACCACAUGAUUUGUCUUGACCCACCCCUCACGGAAUUGCCCGAAGGAGACUGGUACUGUCCAUCCUGUAAGAGGGAUCCUAAUGACGUCAUCGCACCUGGAGCUGCCAAGCAAACUAAGAAGGUUUCCAAAACAAAACGUGAUUGGGGCAGAGGAAUGGCUUGUAUUGGAAGGACAAAGAAUUGCGCCAUGCCGGCCAACCACUUCGGUCCGAUCCCUGGCAUUGAAGUAGGCAUGUGCUGGAGAUUUAGGAUACAGUUGUCAGAGACGGGAGUCCAUCGACCAUCUGUAUCAGGAAUCCACGGGCGUGACGUGGAAGGCGCGUACAGUCUCGUAUUAUCAGGUGGCUAUGAGGACGAUGUGGAUCACGGCUAUGAAUUUACAUACACGGGCAGUGGAGGUCGUGACCUGUCCGGCAACAAACGCACCGCCGGCCAAUCCUUCGACCAGACACUCACUAGAGAAAACAGAGCGCUAGCUCGUAACUGCGCCGUGAAGCAAAUAAGUGAGGAAGGUGGCGACGCGGGCGACAAUUGGCGAAGCGGCAAACCGGUCCGCGUCGUGCGCUCUUUCAAAAUGUUGAAGCAUUUCCCCAAGUAUGCACCCAAGGAAGGCAAUCGGUAUGACGGAAUAUACAAAGUGGUGAAAUACUACCCAGAGAAAGGUCUAUCUGGUUACCGUGUAUGGAAGUAUUUGUUAAGACGAGACGACCCCAGUCCCGCUCCUUGGGAACCCGGUGUUAAGGAGUUUCCUAUCAUAUAUCCCGAUGGCUACUUAGAAGCAGAAGCUGAAAAGCAAGCCCUGAAGAAGAAUAAAAGUAAAAACGGUAUAGGUACCAAGAAUGGUGGUAAGGGCCGUAAGAAACGUGCGCUGAGAGAAAGCGACCAAACCACCGACUCUGAUAGCGAAGGCCCGCCGCAGCCAAAGAAAGGAAAGACCUCGAAACAAACACCAAAAACCAAAGCCGCCGAAAAUCCAAAGACUAAAAUCACUAGCACACCCGCCAAAAACUCCGACGAGGAGCCACCUCGUAAACCUGAGAGCUGUUUGAGCGAAGACGAAAUGGCUGCCAUCAAGGCUGACGCGCUUAAUAGCAAGCUUUGGAACGAAUGUCUCAUUGUGUGCAAGGCUAGGGGCAAGAAGGAAUUUGUCGAGUACGUGACUCAGGUAUUCCUGUGCAUCAUUUGUCAAGAAGUUGCCGUUAGUCCUGUUACUACGCCGUGCUUGCACAACUUCUGUAUGGCUUGUAUAAAGCUGGCUUUCAAAUCAAUCGGUGGUCAGUGUCCAUAUUGCAGACACGACCUUGCGAAGUACGAAAUAGAGCCGAAUGAACUGUUGAAGACCGCCCUACAAACCAUCAUGGCUGGAUACGAUGCUGGCAAGAAAUAGACUGAUAUUAUAAUAAUUAAUAACAUGUUGUAUCGCAAAUAUACUUGCAUAGAUCGGAAGGCAAUUACGGGUUCAAAAUGUAAUUAAAAAACUAUACUGUAAUUAAAUUAAUUUAACACAUCUUGUUUGAGACACUUCCUAAACAUAUUAGUGACAGCCUGGAUGCUGAUGACAAAUUCAAGGUGUAUACGAGCUCUGAGCUCUUAGAGCUAUAGUUACGUUUAUUGUGUUUCCAUCGCUUCUAAUUAAUUAAUAUAAAUAAAGACAGACUUAAAAUAAGUCGCAGUUAUUCGCAGUCGCAGUUCUGUAUUUAUAAUAGUCAGCAUUUGGCGUAUUUCACGUGUUUUAACACUCCUUUUUUUUCUUAUUAGAUAAUAAGAAAAAAAGGGUAAGAAGGAACGACAAAGACUAGACGUGUCUGUUUUCCAAUAUUCACAAUAAGUUUUUUAACUAAAUACUUGAUUGAUCUAGAAAGAAAGAAAAUACAUUUUAUUGCGCAAUAAAAGACGCAUACACAAAAAAUAUAUAAAAUUAGACAUAAAAAUAAAUAAUAACUAGAAGUGAAAAAUAUGCGUCUUGAUCUGAUAUUGUUAGUGUUUUAUUAAGUGACUAGCCGUUUGCCCGCGGUUUUACCCGCGUCCCGUGAUAACUAAUGCCCGUACCGGGAUAGAAAUGUAGCUUUCGAAUGGUGAAAGAAUUUUUGAAAACGGUCCAAUAGUUUUUGAGCUUAUUCUAUACAACCAAACAAAGAAACAAACAAAGUUUUCCUCUUUAUAAUAUUAGUAUAGAUUAUGAACAGAUUUCACAAUAAAAUACACUAAACAAAUAAAGCGUUAGAAAUAUGUAUUUUUAAAAGUACUCGUAAAUUGAUUUUGAGGUGAUUGUUGAUUGAUGAUUAUUAUUGAUUGAAUUAUUUUUAUGUUUUUAUAUAAAUCUAUUUGAUGUGAUAUGAUAAGAUGCUCUUUCGAAGUUUACUCGCUAUUUUUAGUUGAUUUACCAUCCGCACUUUGUGCCCUCCAUUUCCAAUAUGUAGCUAAGACUUCACUAAGUUAACAUUCGAUAUGAGGGCGUGGCCUAAUAUGGUGGUAGUAAUAUACCUCAAAGCAAUUUUAAUUAUUAUUUUAUUAAAAAAAAAAUUAAGGAUGCCUGAUGAUUACCUAAAAAUACACAUUUAAAUGUAUCCUUAUUUUCUGAUUUUGGAGUUCUUUAAUGCAUUACCAUGUGCCUUUUUAGACUUGUAUGCCGUUUGGGUAAACAUGUGUAUUAUAAAAAGCACUGCAGAGACUUAUCAUCUUAUAGCGUUGGAAUUAGCGUUAAAAUUAAAACAGACCUCAUAUUUUUUUCUUCAAAUGAAGUCUUCAAACCCACAAAAAAUUCGUCACCGAUUAUCGGCGCAGGCGUGCAGCCUUAUUCAAACUUCUGGUAGUCGCUGGCUUUUAGCCUAAUAAAUUUUAAACAAAAUAGUUAUACGUACUCGCUUUGAUAUUGUGCUCUAUUUUAUCUUAGUAAUUAGACCUUAGUUAAAUAAACAGGUACUUAUAAGUUCUUGCUACCUCAAAUUAUACUUUUUGUCUAUAAGAUUUAUGUGCAAAAUCAGUUUAAAUACUGCUAAUUUACCUACAAGUAAAUCAUUCGUAGAUCUUAGACAUGUAAACCAAUAACGAUGAGGCUUGUGAGUCGAUUUUUGGACGGCUUUGUAAACCAGAAGUACUGACUUAAGAAUUUCGCGGUAUUAUAUGAUCGUCCGCCUUCCUCUGUGUACCGUGUAUUCUCUCUUGUCAUUAAGGUGUCUUAAGCACCAUUGCCUGUAGUGCUUUUUGCAAUCUAUGAUAGCGUUUAAACAACGGAAUAGAUUUAAGCAUUUUUAUUUAAUUAUCUACUAUGUUGAGAUGUCAGCAAGACGUGGCUUAUUAUAAUGUUCCAUGUUUAUUACGAUUUUUAUAGUACAAAGUAAUAUAGCUUUUUUAGUUAUUUUUUCCGUUAGGUUUAUUUUAAGAUUUAUUAUCUUAUAAUUUCUUGGCUCUAAGAUUAGGUUAUGGAAUCGAAUUAAGCCUUCAUUAAAAUGUGUUAAUGUACCUUGAUUUUGAUUGUAUUCAAUUAGCGUUGGAAUGUAAAAUUAAAUAAUUGAAAUUGUUUGAGUUUGCGCAGAUUGAUCGCAGUGAAAUCCCAAUGACAACAAUAUGUAUUAAUUAUGGUCAACUACAUACAACUAUCAAUUUUUAUAGCAAAAUAAAGUGGAAUAUAAACAAUUUUGGUCGCCGUAUACUCGACAUGCUUCUACGGACGAAGUCGAGGCAAGCGAGUUUUUUGAAUAACCAUUAACAAGAACUGAUAACGUGUGCUAUUAACUUUAGAUUAUUAAUCUUAAAAAAAUAUAUUAAGUAUUUAAAUAACAUUCCUUAUCUAAUAAUUUACUGUCAUCAAAAUGGUUUAACUUUGAUUAUGUAACAUGCCAGAUGAUGUCAACCGAGACAUGCAUCAUUGCAUGUCUGUUGGUCUGGUAAAUCAUACAGAAAUAUUUAUAACACUUCUAGAUUUUUUAAUUUGCGUUCAAUUUUUUUUUGUUUGAGUAAUCCUCCGGAAAAUUAUGUUGAUUUUUUUUAUUAAUAAACUUUAGAAUUUUA